UAAAAGGAUUACACCCACAACUGAUAGCUCUCAAAGGAAAUGAAAACAAAGACCCACAUACUAAUCCAAAUACUAAAAAGAACGAUAACAAAGUUCCUGCCAGAUCCUUUACAACGCCAAACACCUGA